AUGGCGACACCUUCCCCUACGGUCCGCGUCGCCGUCACCCAGGCUGAACCCGCAUGGCUCAAUCUCCAGGAAGGCGUGGCGAAAACAUGCCGUCUCAUGGCCGAGGCAGCGCAGAAUGGCGCCCAGCUGAUCGCGUUCCCUGAAUGUUGGAUCCCGGGGUAUCCAGGCUGGAUUUGGACCAGGAACCUGGACCCCGAACUCAACAUCAGAUACCUCAAGAACUCGCUCCGGCUGGACGGCCCCGAAAUCGACCGGAUCAAGUCCUGCGCCCGCGACAACGCCAUCGCCGUCUCCCUCGGUUUCUCCGAGUACGAUCACGGCUCUCUCUAUAUCGCCCAAGUCCUCAUCGCCGCGGAUGGCACCGUCAAGGCCCACCGGCGGAAGAUGAAGCCCACGCACAUGGAGCGCACCAUCUUCGGCGACGCGUCCGGCGAGUGCUUCGACACCGUGGUGCAGCUGCCCUUUGCGCGCGUCGGCAACCUGUCGUGCUGGGAGCAUAUCCAGCCGCUGCUCAAGUAUCAUACAUACGCGCAGCGCGAGCAGAUCCAUGUUUCGGCGUGGCCGCCUCUGUAUCCGCAUUCCGGGGCCGAGGAUCUGUGGUCCAUGUCCGCCGAGGGCUGCCACGCUCUUUCUCGCACCUAUGCCAUCGAAUCCCAGACCUUCGUUCUCCAUUGCACUGCCGUUCUGUCCGAAAGUGGCAUCGAGACCCUGAACACCAAGAGCGGGAUGCUCAUGUCGAUCCCCGGCGGUGGUUCGUCGGCUAUCUUUGGGCCGGACGGACGCCGUCUGACCCCGGAAACCGAGAGCACUGUCGAGGCAAUCGUGUAUGCGGACCUGGACUUGGACUUGAUCCUGGCAAGCAGAAUGUUUGCCGAUCCGCUGGGGCAUUAUAGCCGCCCGGAUUUGAUGCAGUUGACGGUGUGCAAGGACAGGAAGCAGAAGGUUGUUCAAUAA